AUGAUCAUCGAUGAGGGUUUGUCGACCGCAAGAAGUGAACAUUCGCCAAUGGAUAAUAAUAAUACCAAUAGUGAUGAAAGCGUUUUGAGUCGAGCCGAAAAUAAUGUUCAUACAGAUAAUAAUAAUAAUGCUACAUUGCAACCUGGAAUGAGACUACGUGAUGACAACGGGACAAUCAGAAUGUAUUUCGCACAUAACGACAAUUUUAUUGCUAGCAAUUAUCGUGGCCUGUUGGGUGCGCAUGAUGAUGGAAGUAAUACGUUUGAUACGUUACCUCAUCUGUCCGAAGAUGAAUCUGGAGAUUCCAGACAGAUUCCUACGAUUACUCGUUCGCAGAUGGGCAGUGUGUUGAGAUCACCAACUAAUUUAGCUCGUCAUGCUCUCGUUAGAGUCCGACUUCCAAACCGCUUAUCUGAAGCAGUCAGUGGCGCUCUACUGGGCAGUCGUCAUCGUUUCAUGCCCAAUAUCGUUAUGCCACAGAUUCAGUUCGGCGGACAGGCCGUUGAAAUUCAUCCGGAGAGCGAAAAUAGUCAUAGCGUAUAUGAUACGGAGCCGUCAAUCGAAUUAGAUAUUUCCGACAACGAUGUUGGUGAGUUUGAUUCUAACGAGAGUAUUGAUGAACAACAUGAUUAA